AUGGAUGACCUUUACCCUUUUGAUGUAUCCUUGAACACUGAGCUCCUCCACGAGAGGUUUUCCCACAACAUCAACUACUCUGAGCUGAAGAACAACAAGUACGGCCUUCUCAUGGCAUUGGUUAAGACCUUAAAGGUCUACCUAUUACUGCCUGUUCUCCCGCGCUUAGCACAGCUUGCGUUUACGUUCAGUCAGCCAUUCUUCAUCGAGAAGCUACUAGAGCAUCUCAGCCAACCACAGGUGCCUACCAACGUCGGUUAUGGUUUCAUCGGGGCCAGUCUACUUAUUUACUCUGGAAUUGGAAUCUCUACGGCCCUAAGCAUGUAUCCCCAUCAUCGGAUGCGUGCCAUGGCAAGGUCAAUUCUUGUUACCGAGACGUUCAUCAAAGCCACCGAAGCUCAACUGGCGCCUGAUGAGCACAGCACUGCGGUGACUCUGAUGAGCACUGAUAUUGAGCGUAUCAAGUUGGGAUUCAGAAUGAUCCACAACGUCUGGGCGGGUGUUAUCCAAGCCGGCCUAGCUAGUUGGAUGCUGUAUACCCGCCUGGGGGCUGUGUUUGCGGUACCUAUUGGAAUCGUCUUCUUCUUCUUCCUCUGCAUUGCCGUCCUCCUGAACUUUGCGGGCGACUCGCAACGGCUGUGGAUGGCGGGUGUUGAGAAGCGUGUUGGUUUGACGGCUGCUGUCAUUUCUAGUAUGAAGAACCUGAAGAUCUCUGGCCUUUCAAACAAAAUCGAGGACUUCGUGCAGAAGCUUCGCGUGGAGGAGCUCGCGGCCGGAGCGAGAUUUCGCAAGAUCUUCAUCCUCGCCGCGCUCUGUGGCUUCACGCCUAUGUUGCUCAGCCCGCCCUUGACCAUUGGGUUCAGUCAGAACACUCUCAAUAGUCAGACGGUGUUCUCGAGUCUUUCAUUCCUUAUACUCCUUACCAAUCCCCUAUCACAGAUCUUUCAGGCUCUCCCUGAGAUCAUUUCUGGCUUAGCCUGCAUCGGCCGGAUUCAAGCUUUCUUGGAGUGCGAAACUCGACACGAUUUCCGGCAAGUUCUUGGUGACCGCGGAUACGACUUGGAGCCCGAUUCUUCGGGCAAGACCACGCGCACCGGGCUACCGGCCAGAAUGAAAGAGAAAAGCACCCCGUCCGAUGAUGUAGUCGGGACUGGAAUGGUUUCUCGUGAGGCGAAACACGAGUCGGAAGAUUCUGCUAUUCUUGUCCAGAACGGGAAUUUCGGCUGGAAGGCAGAUACGUUGGCAUUGCAAGAUGUCAAUAUCCGAAUCGCCCACUCUUCACUCACUAUGGUGGUCGGGCCCGUUGGCUCGGGCAAGUCUACAUUUUGCAAGGUACUACUUGGUGAAACUCCUUUCAGCGAGGGUAGUGUGGUGCUGGCCAAGCGUUUUCCCCACAUCGGUUUCUGCGAUCAAACAGCCUUUAUACAUAACGGCACAAUCAGGGACAACAUCAUCGGAUUUUCUACACUCGACGAGAAGAGAUAUGCUGAAGUCAUCAAGGCUACAGCUCUAGGCUACGACUUCAGUAUCCUGUCGCAGGGAGACAGAACAGUUGUUGGGUCCGACGGGAUCAUGUUGUCUGGCGGUCAGAAGCAACGAAUUUCACUAGCACGGGCACUUUAUCUCCAUUCUGAUCUUCUGAUACUUGACGACAUCUUUAGCGGCCUGGAUGCGGAUACUGAGCAAGAAGUGUUCCGCCUUACCUUUGGGCCUACGGGCCUUUUGAAGCAGAGACGUUCUACUGUCGUGCUUUGCACGCAUAGUGUGAAGCAUCUCCCGUCAGCAGAUCACAUUGUCGUACUCGAGAAUGGGAGAGUGGCAGAGCAGGGAGACUACGAGAGCCUAGUUACCGGUCAGGGCUAUGUUGAGCGUCUGGGCUUCAUAUCCUCUUCGAGUCAGAACUCCGAACUACAAGAGGCGGAGCCUCCAGCUCGCACGACUGAAUCACAGCUCAAACGGUCCAUUACGAGGCCGGCUGAUGCUUUAAUGGCGACAGAACAGUCUCUCCAAGUUGGAGAGAGAACUGUAUUCAAGCACUACUUCCAGAGCAUGGGUUGGAUACUGGCAGCCUUCUGUCUCUUCUUUGCUGCUCUUUGGGGUUUCUUUACCAACUUUCCAACAGUUUGGCUCUCCUUCUGGACCGACGACCUCGGUUCUCAGUCCCCCAAACACUCCCAGUCGUAUUACGUUGGGAUUUACAUUAUGCUGCAGGUCUUUGCUAUGAUCUCAUUGCUUCUUCUUGGAAUCCUGAUAUUUAUUGUCUCGGUAAAACGAGCUGGUGCCAAUCUGCACCACGAAACUCUGCACACACUGAUCCACGCACCUCUGAAUUACAUUACGAGAACGGAUGCCGGGGUUAUCACGAAUCUAUUCUCGCAAGAUCUGAACCUUAUCGACACUGAGCUACCGGACGCCUUGCUGAAUACUCUCUUUUGCGCUGCAGUCAUGCUCACUUCGUCUGCGUACCUGGCCAUCAGCUACCCCUUCAUUGCCGUCGUUUUGUACGCGGUACAGAAAUUCUAUCUCCGGACCUCAAGACAAUUGAGGCUGCUUGACCUCGAGACCAAGAGUCCUCUUUAUACUCACUUUCUCGACACUCUCAAGGGAGUCAGCACCCUGAGAGCCUUCGGUUUCAUCCCUAAGGACAUCACCAAGAACGCACACCUACUAGAUUCAAGUCAGAGGCCAGCCUAUCUUCUAGUAAUGAUUCAGGAGUGGCUCAACCUUGUUCUUGACCUAUUAGUGAUGGUGAUGGCGGUAGUCCUGACUACUCUCGCCGUCCGGCUCCACUCUAGUGCUGGCUUUGCUGGUGCUUCGUUAGUUACCCUUCUAAGUCUCGGAGAAAAUCUGUCUGGAUUUGUGAUUUACUACACCAGGCUAGAAACUUCGAUCGGGGCAAUAGCCAGACUUAAGAGCUUUAACGAGACAGUUAAUCCUGAGGAACAAGACGACGAGGAUAUCUUUCCCUCCGAGUCCUGGCCGCAGCACGGUGAAAUCGAGUUUCAGGGUGUCUCGGCGAGUUAUCGUGUGAAAAGCAAAGAUGGACACCAAGAUGGAAAUCACGAUGACGAUAAUCUCUCCAACCUAGCCCUCCGCGACAUUCGCCUGGUCGUUCGGCCAGGAGAAAAGGUUGCUAUCUGCGGUCGCACAGGCAGUGGAAAGUCUAGUCUCAUCGCCCUGCUCCUCAAACUUCUGGAGCCCUUGCCAGCGAGGCCGGGUAGCGUGGUGCUCGAUGGUGUACUGCUCAAGAACGUAGAUCGGACCACACUCCGCCAGCGAAUCAUCGCGGUACCCCAAGAAGCCGUUUUUCUUCCGGAUGGGACCAGCUUCCGGGUCAAUCUGGACCCAGCGAAUGAGUCAACAGCGGAGGAAUGCGAGGCUGUUCUCGCUGCCGUGGGCUUGUCGGAGUUCGUACAAGAGCGCGGAGGCCUCGACUCGGGUCUGAGCGCGGGGACGAUGAGCGCCGGCCAACGGCAGCUCAUGUCGCUGGGACGCGCCGUGCUGCGGCGCCGCAUCCGGAAGCCGGGCAGCGGCGGGAUUCUGCUGCUUGACGAGGUGAGCUCAAGCGUGGACGUGGACACGGAGCGAGCAAUACAAAAGACAAUUCAGGCUGAAUUCGAGGGCUAUACGGUGAUCGCCGUCAGUCACCGGCUGGACAUGAUCAUGGACUUCGACCGCGUCGUCGUUAUGGAUAAGGGCGAAAUUGUCGAGAUUGGGCAGCCGAGGCUGCUCGCGGACACGCCGGAGACCCGGUUUGGCGGGCUGGUGAAAUCCAGGGACAAGUCAUGA